ACGAAAUUUCAGGAAGAAGCAGAUUCUCAUGCCACCUCCUUUAUUAAAUUAAAGGGUACAGUUUUAGAAUUUCGUAUACAAUUAAUUAUUUUAUAGCUUUACCUUUUUUAAUCAUGGCGGAAGAGAUAGUCUUUUUCAUUGCAAUUAAAUAUGUAUGGAAAAAAAAAAAAAACUAUAAAUUGAUGUGUUCCGCAUGAAAUCAAGAUUACUUUUGUGUUUAGUCUGUUUGCACUUUCCUUUUACGACGCUGCACAAAAUUGGUUAUAUCUCUGAAAGGCUUGUGAGAACAGUUAAAAUCAUUUCUUGCUUUGUUUGGGAGAAGAAACAAUUCAAUUUCGACUUCCAAAAUUCAGUUUUUGGGUAUGGAAAUUCUGUCGUAUGGUCCUGCACCAUGCUGUCAAGUAGUGGACUCGAAGUGGAAAUUGGUUGACAAAAGCUUGAAUUCACGUCAAUCAAAACGUGGGUCUGUGAGAUUUUAUAACAUUGGUCAAUCUUUCCUUGAGAACAAGGUGCAGCAAAGAGAUUUUAGAUCAUUAAAUGCUCUUGAAGGCUCCAAAAGAGUUGAUUGCAGGAUCUAUAGUGAAAGUUAUGAUGGGUAUGUGAUUGGCCGUGAAGGAAAUGUAACAAAUAUUUCAGGGAUAGAGGAGCAUGCUGCUAACGUUGUGAUUCCAGGUAUCCCAGGUGGGUCAAAUGGUGAAUCUGGUGCUCCAAUAAGUAGUUGUUUUUGGGAAUGGAAACCUAAAUUUAACGUACACUAUGAGAAGGGAGGGUGUGAGAAUGUGGAUUCUCCACAUGUUCUCUUUCUUCCUGGUUUUGGUGUUGGUUCUUUCCAUUAUGAGAAACAGCUGAAAGAUUUGGGCCGUGACAAUAGAGUAUGGGCACUGGAUUUUCUGGGCCAAGGAUUGUCUUUGCCUUUUGAAGACCCGGCACCUCACUAUAGGGAAGGGGUUGUAUCAAAUGGAGAUGAUUCUUCUUGGGGCUUUGGAGAUGAAACGGAACCAUGGGCAACUAAGCUUGUAUACUCUAUUGAUUUAUGGCAAGAUCAAGUUCGAUACUUUGUAGAAGAGGUCAUUGGUGAACCAGUCUAUGUGGUGGGGAACUCACUAGGAGGAUAUGUUGCACUGUAUUUUGCGGCACUUAACCCUCAUUUAGUGAAAGGUGUCACACUGCUUAAUGCAACACCUUUUUGGGGAUUUCUUCCUAAUCCUAUAAAGAAUCCAGGCCUAGCAAAACUUUUUCCAUGGGCAGGAACAUUUCCCCUACCAGCUAAGAUAAGGAGGCUUACGGAGUUGGUGUGGGAGAAAAUUAGUGAUCCUGCUAGCAUUGCUAAAGUACUUAAUCAGGUUUAUGCAGAUUAUUCAACAAAUGUGGAUAGUGUAUUUUCACGCAUAAUUGAAACCACGAGGCAUCCGGCUGCAGCAGCAGCAUUUGCUUCAAUCAUGUGUGCUCCCCAGGCAGAAUUAUCUUUCAGUGAUGCAUUAUCUAGAUGUCGAAAAAGCAACGUGCCAAUAUGCCUGAUGUACGGUAAAGAAGAUCCCUGGGUGAAGCCACUUUGGGGACUCCAGGUUAAGAGGCAGGUGCCUGAAGCUCCAUAUUAUCAAAUUAGUCCUGCUGGUCACUGCCCUCAUGAUGAAGUCCCUGAGGUCAUAAAUUUCUUGCUACGUGGGUGGAUCAGAAAUGUAGAGUCUCAGGGUUCUAUCUCAUUGCCACUGCUUGAUGACUUUGACAGUAUGAACCAAGCUAAUGCAAAGGAGGUGGAAUUUAUGAGAGAAGGCUCAAGAAAAUCAGUGGUGGUUAGAUUUUUCGGCUCCAGAUUCUCACUUUGGGACAGUAUAAGAUCUUACAUCAACACUCGCUACAAGUUCAGCAAUUUGGAAGCCAAAUCUCCAUGACGUGAUGAACUAUACUGUCUUCAUAUAUAUAUAUAUAUACACACACACAAACACUAUCCUCUCUGAUUCAGUUUGAUCAUGGAAAUCGUGUACAUUAAUUGUAUAAUCAGGUUCCUUUCUCCUCUGCCAUUACACACUAGUACAGCAUGUCAAAUUAUCUUUCCUUGAUCAUAUCAAAAUUUAGAGUCCAACAUCUGGUGUAUUGGAUCUAAUAUUCCUUUAAAAUAUGUUGAAGUCCGCAAAUUUUU